AUGGUGGUUGUUAUUGAGGGUUUGGUGGUUACUGUGGUUGAGGGUGGUGGUUGUAGUGAUGAAGAAGAUGAGACACAGAGGGGAGUGAGUGAGGAAAUCUGCAAUCGAUACUUCAAGCAAAACUUUUAUAUUUUCAAGGUGAAAGCAAAUAUUUUGCUUUUGAACAUUGUUGGCCAAUCUUGCAAAACAAUAUCAGGUACUAGCACAGUUUGGAGACACCUUAAGCAAUGCUCUUAUUAUGACGGUAAUAAAGACCCAACCCAACAACAUUUGUCUUUCUCCUCAACAGUUGAUAGUCAAUCUCAAAUUGUGAAUUGGAAAUUUGAUCAAGAACAUUGUCGUAGGGAACUUGCUUGUAUGAUUAUCAUUGAUGAACUACCUUUUAGUUUUGUGGAGAAAGAGGGUUUUAAAAGGUUUGUGAAUGCCUUGCAACCAAAAUUUCACAUUGUCUCAAGAACCACAAUCACCAAAGAUUGCAUAGAAAUUUAUAAUUUUGAAAGGAAACUUUUGAAAGCAAUCUUUCAGAGUUCAACUUCACGAGUUUGUCUCACCAUAGAUUUGUGGACUUCCAUUCAAAACCUUCGGUACAUGUGUCUCACAACACAUUACGUUGAUAAUGAUUUGAAGUUACAAAAAAAAAUUAUCAAUUUUCGUGUUCUUCUAAGUCCACAUCGUGGUGAGGUAAUUACACAAGCUGUGGAAACAUGCUUACUAGAGUGGCAAUUGGAAAAAUUAGGCACACUUAUGGUAGAUAACGCAAGCUCCAACGAUGUAGCAGCUUUAAGUUUAAAAAUGAAGCUUGUUAAGAGGGAUGGGUUGUUAUUAAAUGGUGAUUUUUUUCACGUGAGGUGUUUUGCUCAUAUCCUAAAUCUGAUUGUGAGGGAUGAAAUUGAGGAGGCUAAGAGUUCAAUAUUGGCUCUUAGAGAUUAUGUGAAAUAUGUGAGGAGUUCCCCAUCUCGAUUGCUUUCAAAAAAUGUGCCAAGGAGGAAAGAGUUUUGGGUAAGAGGGCUUUGUGUUUAG